CUACGUUCUAUUAUCCUUGCCCCGGCACCCUACACUGAUACAUACCAUCACGAUGAGCUUUCAAGGCUAUGUCGAUUCGAGUCUUGUCGGGACCGGCAAGAUCGACAAAGCCGCUAUAUUUUCAGGUCAAGGCGACAGUUGUUGGGCCAGCAGCACUCCCGGCUUCAGUGUUACACCCACAGAGCUGCAGGCUAUAAUCCAAGGGCUUAGCGAUACCAGUUCUCUGUAUUCUCAAGGAAUCUAUCUUGAAAGCCAGAAGUAUGCGGUGACUGCUGCAAGUGGAAAAAGCAUCUAUUGCAACAAGGACAACGAGGGCGUGUAUGUGUACAAGACGAAUCAAACUCUGAUCUUGGCGCAUAGUCCUGAGGGGGUGAAACACGAGGAUGCUGUGCAGGCUGUUGAAGCGUUGGGGGUUUAUUUGACUGGGGUGGGAUACUGA